UUCCAUUACGCCUCCAAUUCUCGCUCUACCCAAUUCAGAUUAGUCGGAUUCGGAUCAGGUCUUAAACCCUAAGCCAAUAUCCCGCCUAAAACCCUGAGCCGCAGACAUUGAAGAUUAAGGACACAAACAGAAGUGCAAAAUAAAAAUGGAGGAGAAGCUCAAGAGCUUGGCAUUGGUGGGCGGAGGUGCUCUUCUCGGUGCUGCUUCUACCUUAUUUCUUCUUAAGCUUCUUCCAAGAAGGAUUUCAAACCAGUGCGAUAAAAAGGCAAUCGAAUUGAAUGAUACAACUGUCAAAUGUGCGAUUGGUCUUGGAAAUGGGAAUAUUGGGAUGACUGGCUUGAGCCUUCUAGCAGAUGAAAUAGUUUCUGAGCAACUGACUAGGAAUAUCCAGUUCUUUGGCCUUGAUUCUCAGCAAAAGGUUACAUCGUCCUAUGUUGUGGUCAUUGGUCUUGGAGGUGUUGGAAGUCAUGCUGCAUCUAUGCUUUUGAGAUCAGGAGUUGGCAAGCUCCUAUUGGUGGACUUUGACCAGGUAUCUCUUUCAUCAUUAAAUAGACACGCUGUUGCAACACGAGCAGAUGUUGGUAUCCCCAAAGCUGAGUGCCUCAAGAAGCAUUUCUCUUCAAUUUUCCCUGAGUGCCAAGUAGAUGCAAAGGUGCUGCUAUAUGAUGUGUCAUCUGAAGAAGAAAUUCUUUCUGGCAACCCUGAUUUUGUUUUGGACUGCAUUGAUAACAUUGACACAAAGGUGGCACUUCUUGCUGCAUGUGUACGCAGAGGUCUGAAGGUACUAUCUGCGACAGGAGCUGGUGCUAGAGCUGAUCCAACAAGAAUUCGCGUGGCUGAUUUAAGAGAGUCAACAAAUGAUCCUUUAUCUAGAUCUGUGAGACACCGUUUAAGGAAAGAUCAUGGGAUUGAGGGUGGAAUUCCUGUUGUUUUCUCUUUAGAGAAACCUAAAGCUAAGCUGCUUCCUUUUAGAGGACCAAGUGGUGAGGAAGACAACCCUUCAGAUUAUCAAAUAGUACCUGGGUUUAGGGUCCGUAUCAUACCAGUUCUUGGUACCAUCCCUGCGAUAUUUGGACAGGUUAUGGCCUCGUAUGUUGUUACACAACUUGCAGGGUUGGAUGUUCAAACAGAGCCAGUGGUAAAUCUAGAUGUUGACCAUUAUCAGACGCUUUUUCAACGGCUUAUUGAGCAUGAGGAGUCAGUAUAUGGUGCAGACAUGCAAGUCCAGGUUGAUGUUGAAGAAGUGCAAUACAUUGUUAAAGAGUUGUGGCGUGGGAGAAGUGCGAGAGAACUAUCUCCAAAAGAUGUGGGGCGUGGAAUGUGGCGAUCUGUUAACGAGUUGAUGCUUGUUAGAUGGGAUCAGGCAAAGGCAGCAUCUGUAUCAAAUUUAGUUCUUUUAAAAUUUAAAGAGUUUUGUUAUUUGAAGGCUGAUGAACAUGAGCAGAGGAGUCUUGAUGAUAUCAAAGAAAAGGAACCAGAAUUUUUCAACAGGGUGACAUCCGUGCUGAAGCGAGCUGAACAAGACUUUGGUUUGUAACUAGACAUUAUCAUUAAGAUUUUAGUUUUUAGCUUCAGCUGAAUGGUUAAUUUAUCCAAGACAUUUUUGAAUGACUGUUCUUUAUCCUAAGAUGAUGUUGUUUAUAGACCUUAUGAACCAUUGUUAAAUGCCUAAUUUGUGAAAGAAAUAUAGGAAUUCAAUGAA